UAACCGUUCGAUUGAAAGCGAAACCACCCCCCCCUCUCCUCAUCUUCACAGAAACACACACACACACUGUGUGAACCAAGUGGAGCACGUUUCGCGGGGUUUUCCUUCGUCUUUUUCGAUAUUACUUUCUUGAUUUCUUCAUUUUCCUCUGUUCUUGUCCACAAAUAACCAUUAAUCCUCUACUACUACAGAGUAAGAUUACAUUUACAUACAUAUGUUCACCUUUCUUUUGGCUCUGUGAUCCGUUUUUUCUUGUUUGAUUCAUGUAAUGCAUCUGAUAGAAAGCUGAGAUAGUAUGUAUGUAUGUAUGAAUGAGACAUGAGAUACAACAAUACACAGCUCAAAAUGGGUUCAAGAGAACAACAACAAAUCUCAACAAGACUGCAGGAGAAAGCCGUAACAUUGCGAGGAAACCGGAUAAAAAAAUCGCUAGAUUAUAACCAAACAGCAAACCCAUUGUAUGAGCAAACGGGUCGUCACCUGCGACCCGGAAUGAACCACAGCGAACCCGUUAAAGAUGUCGCCCCUGUUAAGCACAUGAAGAAUUUGCCGGGAUAUCUCCAGCGUGCGGAAAAGGGGUAUAAUAUCCAAGGAAAGGCUUUGAGUUUCGGAGUUCUUGAUUGGGAUCGUUUAGAAAACUGGAAAUCUAACGAAAAACGCAUCCCACCGAGAAUAAACAUGAAGACAACAUCACUGUCUACUAAUAAUCCCACAUUUGUGGAAAGUAGAUCAGGGAGGUUUACAAGAAACAAGAAAAAGAUUCAACAAACGGCAAACGUUUCGUCUAAAGGAAAACUUCCUCCGGGUGUUCGAUGGCCUAGAGGGAAGCCCGUAAAAGCGCAAACUUCGGCUUCUUCGAUUGACCUGCCACAAUAUCAUACUGCAGAACUUGUUGACAGUAGCAAAGGGAAACAGGUAGAUGAUAAUAAUCAUGUUGACAUAGAUGCAGACGCGAGUCGACUGUCUGGUUGUUGUUAUUCUCCAACAGAGUUCGAUUCGGUAAACCCGUUUUCUGAUGUUCCUCACUCUUGCCCUUUCCCACUGCCUCUCAGUGCUGACGUGGAAUCUCCUAACCGGACACCUGUGAAGAAAGCUGACGUGGACGUAAACGAACAGCCUGCGAUGAUGAACGGUAAACAACGGUCAUCAUCGCCGAAUAGGCGAUUUAGCUUUAGCCUCGGGAAGAUGGCCCGAAGUUUUAGCUUCAAAGAGAGUAGCAGUAGUAAUAGUAAUAGUAACAGUAAUACUACUUUAGCUGUUCCCCAACUAAGCCCGGCAUAUACUUCAUCCCGAUCCGGUCCGGUCAACUUUCAAGCAUCAUCUCCUGAUUCGGUCAACUACAACGGGAAGAAAUCGGCUGCAACUACUCCAUCAAGGUCGAGUCCUUUGCGCAGAAUUCUGGACCCGUUGCUGAAGCUCAAAGGAUCCCAUUUGGAUGAAAAGGUUCACAAAUCGAAACUAGGGCUUAAUUUUAACAAUAUCGAGAACGAGUUACUUCCGAACAGGAAACAUAGAUUAGCUAAUGUCCAGGCUCUUUUACAGCUUACGUUAAAGAACGGAAUCCCGUUUUUCAAACUAGUUGUUGAAAGCAGCAGCGACAUUCUCGCCGCUGCAGUGAAAAAGUUACCGUCUGGCAAGGAUGAUACGAGCUUGAUUUACGCGUUCUAUUCGGUGCACGAGACCAAGAAGAAGAGUGGAAGUUGGAUAUACCAGAGUUCAAAAGAUAAAAGUUACGGUUUCGGGUAUAAUAUUGUGGGACAGAUGAAGAUUUCCAGCUCUUACCAUGCUGAGUUUAGCGGUCCGGAGAAAGACCUUUAUGUGGUGCGCGAGUCUGUAUUAUACAGCAGUGAUACCACGAAAACAGAUGAAAAACCGCUUGAUGGGGAGCUAGCUGCUAUAGUUGUGAAGAAUCCGAGCGACGAAGUUUGUGGAGAUAUAGGGAGUUGUAAAAGCACGAUUGCGGUUCUUCCGGAUGGCGUUCAUAGCUGGCCGAACAGUGGAUCGCCUUCUCCGUUGAUAGACAGAUGGAGAUCUGGUGGUGCGUGUGACUGCGGUGGGUGGGACGUCGGUUGCCAGUUUCAUAUUCUCAGUCAUCAAAAUGAAAUCGACAAGUCCUCAAACUGUCUCGACCUUUCGUUCCAGGUUGGGAAGAAGAACAAGUGUAGUUUUCGGUUGGUUACGGUUGAGGAUGGACUUUACUCACUCGAAUACGAUCCAUCAAUGUCUAUGCUUCAAGCGUUCUCUAUUUGCGUAGCGGUUGUAAGUAGCCAGAAGUUGACUCACAUCUUUCAAGUCAAUUAUGUUCGAGAGUCGAAAGAAGUGUCUGAAAACAUACGAUCAUCGCCAACGAGUGAUAAGAAUGUUAAAAUUCGCGAGGAGUUUGUUUCGAAACCACCAGCAUCACCUGUUGGUAGGGUAUAAAUUUAGAUGUUAUAUUAGUUUAGACCAAAUGUACUAGUGGUUGGCUAUAUUUUGUUGUAAAAGAAAAAUGUAAGCUGGCUAUCUUUUACCUAUAGCAGCAGAUGAUAUACAGAUAUUGUAACCAAAUCUUAUGAACAUAUGCAAUGAUUGAGCUACUUCACCAAAGUAUUAUAUAUA